AUGUCUUACAAUGGUGUUGAUCGCAAGGACCGUGUUCCCUCUCCCAAUUCCUCCAAUCGCAACGUUGUAGACCAUGAUUCCCCUAAUGUCACUGAAGAGCCGGCAGGCUUGUCUAACAAGAUGCCUCAAAAUGCUCAAACCAAGUCGCAUAUGAUCCAGGUGCAGCCGUUGAAGCGAAGUGAGAUGCAGCCGUCAUAUGCACAAGACCUUGGUACCGGAGAGGUCACCCAUGGCAUAUAUGGCUCCCUCCUACAAGGCCUCGGUUCAGUUGUAGGUUUCUGUGGCAUGAUCCCAUGUUGCCCUUGCCCCAAUCCCUUCCGAAACGUCCAACAAGGAUCUGUUGGCCUGGUCUCUCGUUUCGGCCAAUUUUACAAGUCCGUUGAUCCAGGUCUCGUUCAAGUCAAUGUCUGCACAGAGUCCCUCCGUGUCGUCGAUGUGAAGAUUCAAAUAUCACCUAUCGGAAGGCAAACCGUCAUAACACGGGACAACGUUAACGUCGAAAUUGAUUCCGUCAUUUACUUCCAAAUCUGUAACCCGUAUCGUGCAGCUUUUGGAAUCACGGAUCUUCGACAGGCUCUUAUCGAACGGGCUCAAACCACCCUCCGACACGUUGUCGGUGCGCGCGCUGUCCAGUCCGUAGUUACCGAACGUGAAGCUAUCGCGUUUGAAAUUGCGGAGAUUGUCGGUGACAUUGCAGACAAAUGGGGCGUUGCCAUCGAAGGAAUCCUCAUUAAGGAUAUCAUUUUCAGUCCAGAGGUCUCCGCCAGUUUGAGCUCUGCUGCACAACAGAAGAGGAUUGGUGAAAGUAAAGUCAUUGCUGCCAGGGCCGAAGUUGACUCUGCCAGGCUCAUGAGACAGGCCGCGGACAUCUUGGCUUCUCCUGCUGCAAUGCAGAUCCGUCAAUUGGAAGCUUUGCAACAAAUGGCCAAGUCCGGAAACAGCAAGGUCAUUUUCGUACCCAUGCAGCUGCAAUCCGAUGUCGUCAACCAGCUUGCUAGUGGCUCGGGCUCUGGCACUGGAGUAGGAGCUAUGAUUGAUAAUGAAGCUGGAGAUUCGUUGGGUGGGGUCGGCAAGGUGGGACUCUUGAACAGCAUGGCGGAUAUGUGAAAAAUCUAAACUAUCUUUCUCUUCUAUUCCAUUAGUCUACCUCGGAGUGAUUUCGAUGAACAUCAUCUAUCCCAAUAAUGAUGCUUUUAACGAAAAUUUGAUCUAUUUUAUCUUUGGACCUUACGCUUGUUCCCUGUCUUCUACGACUGUAAUUUUAUCUCAUGUCUGUCUUGUGCUGCUUACGAUGACCUACAUUCCGUAUUUGUAUAAUACAUAUGUGUUGAUUUUCUAUAAUGACUAAAGAAGGUGUCACAUAGACUCGAACCAGUCUGCUGCUGAGAAGCGAUAUGCGGAAUCACUUCUUCGCUGACACCUUUGAGCG